AUCUUAGCUUUAACAAGUUGGCGGGAACAAUUCCAAACACCUUUAGAAGCCUACCAAAACUGAUUUACUUGUAUUUGACUAGCAAUUUCCUAACUGGACCUGUACAAGACUGGAUGGUUAGUAGGCCAACAAACGUUGAUCUUUCUUACAACAAUUUUACAUGGGGAAGACCUCUGAUACAAAAUUGUCAACAAGGAAGAAUAAACUUGUUUGGAAGCUCUUCCACAGGGAACAACACAAGUGGAGCUUUUUCAUGCUUAAAAAAGACAUUCCCUUGUUCACAAUCUAUUUGUGGUCAGCUUUCUCAUCAUUGCUUGGCCAAAGUUCAACAACCGACUGCCUGCUUGACAUCAACCCUACUGCUUUACCCAAGCUGGGGACUGGCUGGUGCAUCAUUACCAAGUGGAGUUAUUAUUAUUCUUUGUAUAUAAAUUGUGGCGGAGAUCAAGUCACCAUAAAUAAAACCACUACAUAUGAAGCAGAUCAAGUACCAUUUGGGGUUUCGUAUUUUGUUUUAAGUGAUGGAAAAAACUGGGAACGUAGUAGUACUGGAAAUUUCAUUAAUGAUGACAAAGCUAUAGACAGCUACAUAGCAGAAAAUACAUCCAAGCUCUCUAUGCCUAACUCCGAGUUGUACACUAAGGCACGGCUUUCUCCCAUUUCCCUCACUUAUUAUGGGCUUUGUCUUCACAAUGGGAACUACACCGUAAAGCUCCACUUUGCAGAGAUAAUGUUCAUGGAUGACAAAACAUAUAGCAGCCUCGGGAAGCGCAUAUUUGAUGUUUACAUUCAGGGACAACUGGUAUUAAAGGAUUUCAAUAUCAAAGAUGAAGCUGGUGGUUCUGGUCAGGAAGUUGUGAAGAAUUUUACCGUUCCUGUUACUAAUUACACUUUGGAGAUCCGUUUAUGUUGGGCUGGAAAAGGCACACAGAUUGUCCCUGAGAAAGGAACCUAUGGCCCUCUCAUUUCAGCUAUUUCUGUAGACCCUGAAUUUACACCUUCACAAAGUACUUCAAAAAGUAGCAAGGACAUCUCUACUGGUGUUGUGGUUGGGAUUGUAACUUCAGUAUUAUUUCUUACUUUCUUGUUUUUGGUUUUCCUCUGGAGGAAAGAUUGCCUGGCAGGAAAAAAUAGGAAAGGCUACCUGGGAAGCAAAAGUACAACGGACCAAGAUCUCAGCAACUUACUUCUGCGAACCGGUUCGUUUGCCUUGCGACACAUUAGAGCUGCCACAAACAACUUUGACAUUUUGAACAAGAUUGGUGAAGGUGGUUUUGGUUCUGUUUACAGGGUAUACCGUAUAGGUCUAUUAUCAGACGGUACCUCAAUUGCAGUGAAACAACUUUCGUCCAAAUCAAGUCAAGGUAACCGUGAAUUUGUGAAUGAAAUUGGACUAAUAUCUGCUUUGCAACACCCAAAUCUCGUAAAGCUUUAUGGAUGUUGUAUUGAGGGAGAUCAACCAUUGCUGGUGUAUGAGUAUAUGGAAAAUAAUAGCCUUGCCCGUGCCCUGUUUGGCAUAGAAGAACAUCAAUUGCAGCUUGAUUGGCCAACCAGGCUCAAGAUUUGUGUUGGAAUAGCAAGAGGUCUGGCUUAUCUCCAUGAAGAAUCAAAAUUGAAAGUUAUUCAUAGAGACAUCAAAGCCACCAAUGUACUGCUUGAUAGGGAUCUUAACCCAAAGAUAUCCGACUUUGGUCUGGCAAGGCUUUGUGAAGGGGAGAAGACCCACAUUAGCACUCGAAUUGCUGGAACUAUAGGCUAUAUGGCACCAGAAUAUGCAGUGCAUGGUCGCCUGACUGAGAAAGCAGAUAUUUACAGCUUUGGGGUUGUUACUCUGGAAAUUGUCAGUGGGAAGAGCAUCACAAAUUUCACACCAGAGGGAAAUCAUAUUCAUUUGGUGGAUUGGGCAUACUUUCUGCAAGAGAGAGGAAGGCUACUUGAGCUUGUUGAUCCGAAGUUGGGGUCAGAAUUCAACGAGAAAGAGGCAAUUGUUAUGAUCAAUGUGGCACUCUUAUGCACGAAUGCAUCUCCUGUACUUAGGCCGACCAUGUCUGCUGUAGUUAGCAUGCUCGAAGGCAAGAGUCUCAUUCAAGAUCCGCUCUCAGAUUCAAGUUUCUCCAGUGACGAUUUGAAAUUUAAAGCCAGUAGCAGCAGUUAUGAAGAGAUCCAAAGCCAGAGCUCCAAUCCUAGCCUGAGCCAGACCCAGACAGUGUCAAAGGUUCAACUAGGGGCUGGCACUCCUACAUCUGCCUCCAGUCUCUACCCAGUCAAUUCGGAUUCUCAGAAUUGGAAAAACAGAUAGUGGUAGUCUGAAUAUUUCUUUUGAUCUCCUACCCUUGUUGUUUAUGUAGCUUUUGGAGUUUAAUGUUCACAUAUCUAUUCCUGAUCUUUGCAAUGAAAUUGAGAUUUUGAUUCCAA